AUGAGCAUGUUCGAGGGGAUGGAGAGGGCCGGGUACGGCGGCGCUGGGCCGAUGGGCGGGGUGGUGCUGUCGCGGGACCCCAAGCCGCGGCUGCGGUGGACGCCCGACCUGCACGAGCGCUUCGUCGAGGCCGUCACCAAGCUCGGCGGGCCCGACAAGGCGACUCCCAAGUCAGUGCUGAGGCUGAUGGGAAUGAAAGGGCUCACCUUGUACCACUUGAAGAGUCAUCUCCAGAAAUACAGGCUUGGAAAGCAGAGCAAGAAAGACACGGGUUUGGAAGCCAGCAGAGGGGCAUUCGCGGCGCAGGGCAUCAAUUUCUCCACACCUGUACCUCCUAGCAUUCCAUCUACGGCUAGCAACAAUACGGGAGAAACGCCACUCGCGGAUGCGCUGAAGUACCAAAUUGAAGUCCAAAGGAAACUGCACGAACAGCUCGAGGUUCAGAAGAAGCUGCAAAUGCGGAUCGAGGCGCAAGGCAAAUACCUGCAGACGAUACUCGAGAAAGCCCAGAGCAACCUGUCGUACGACGCAACUGGAGGCGCGAACCUAGAAGCGACCAGGUCGCAGCUGACGGACUUCAACCUCGCGCUCUCAGGCUUCAUGGACAACGUGACCCAAGUGUGCGAGCAGAACAAUGGCGAGCUGGCGAAAGCCAUGUCCGAGGACAGCCUCAGAGCGAGCAAUAAUCUAGGCUUUCAGCUAUACCAUGGAGUUCAUCAGGAUGGGGACGAUGUCAAGUGCGCUACGGAUGAAGGGCUGCUGCUGCUGGACCUCAACAUCAGAGGCGGGUACGAUCACCGGGCUUCGGCGGAUCUGAAGAUGAAUCAGCACAUGAGGUGA